AGGAGAUCCUGGCUGCAAUCUUGAUGAAAGGAUCGCCAGGAGGGAGCUGUGAUGUCUGAACAAGAUUGCAGCUGAAGGUGAAGGAACGAGCGAGAGCAAGAGAGCGGACAGGCAUGAUCCGUGGUUUGCACGUUCCUAUACACCAGGGGGAGGAAGAGUGUCCUGUUUAAACUGAAGACCUGCAGUCUCUGAGUUAGCUGCAAGUACUUCAUCUUUUGUAGAAGAUGCUGAGUGAUAAGGCACUGUCGGAUGUCAAGGGAGAUCUUUACAAGGACCUUGCGUUUCCGGCUAAUGACGACUCCCUCUUUUUUAACUACUCAACUCCACUGGCUCAUUUCCGAGGGGAGAUUUGCUGGCUGAGACCUCAGGAGAUUUGUUCGACACCUCGCUUAUUUUCAGAUAAUCAGUAUGAGUGGCAAGUCAAGCAAGGGAUGCUGGGGGAUUGCUGGUUCCUCUGCGCUUGUGCGGCUUUACAGAAGAGUAAAUACCUGUUGGCCAAGGUGAUCCCUCCGGGUCAACCCAGCUGGAGAGACGAGAAAUACAGAGGCGGUUUCACUUGCCGGGUUUGGCAGUUUGGACACUGGGUGGAGGUCACCAUAGAUGACCGCUUGCCUUGCCUUGCCGGCAAACUCUGCUUCUCCCAGUGCCAGACCGAAGAUGUCUUUUGGCUCCCGCUGCUGGAAAAAGCCUAUGCCAAGGUGCAUGGAUCUUACGAGCAGCUCUGGGCAGGCCAGGUUGCAGACGCUCUCGUGGACCUGACUGGUGGCCUAGCGGAAAGGUGGGCCUUAAAAGACCUGGGCCGAAGCACGGAAAGGGAACGGGCCAGCAAAGUUCUGGAGAAGGCCGUAUUUAGGCGGCUGAUGAACCUGAAGGAGAAAUGCGUGAUGAGCUGCUCCGUCUUCAGCUCACGGCAAGGAACCAGCGAACUGGGGGAAUUCCACGCCUUCAUCGUGGUCGACAUGCAGGACCUUUCCAAAGUGUCCAUGAAGGAGAUUGUCCUGCUGAGGAUACGCAACCCCUGGGGGAGACGCUGCUGGAAGGGGCCUUGGAGGGAGGGGGGCCCAGGGUGGAGCCAACUGGAUCCGGUGGUUGCCGCAGAACUCUUGUCCCAGAUACAGGAAGGAGAAUUUUGGGUUGAGGAGGAGGAAUUUUUCGCAGAAUUUGACGAAAUCAUAACGGGGUACCCAAUUACUGAAGAAGGGCAGCUUCAGAGCCUCUACACUGACAAAGUCCUGAGCCAUACCCAGAAACUGUACGGGUCGUGGGUGAGGGGGCAGUCGGCAGGGGGUUGCCGGAACAACAGCACUUUCCCCACGAACCCCAAGUUCUGGCUGAGGGUCUGUGAGCAGAGCGAGGUGUGCAUCGCCCUCCUGCAGAAACACCGGAAGUACGGCACCGAUUGGGCGGGGAGAAUCCGGAACUGGCCCCGCUUAGCGGAAGCAGAUCCGACUUUGACGGAUGGCCUCCGAGGGAAGAACUACCAUGCUGUGGGACUGCAUAUAUGGAAGGUAGAGAAGAAACAGUUCAAUCUUCCGAAGACGCUCUGUGCACCCCCGAUUUCGGGCACUGUUUGUCAUUCCUACAAUCGGGAGGUGCACCUGCAAUGCGACCUUUCUCCUGGGUAUUACCUUGUCGUCCCCAGCACCUUUCUGAACGAUGCUGAGGGAAACUUCCUGCUCCGAGUCUUCUCCAGUGGAAGAAUCUCCCUCAGUGAGAUCAAACUGCCGCCGCCUGAUAACACCGUCCGUGAAGAGCUCCCAGGGGGCGAAUGGGAGACAGCCCAGCUGGAAGGGUGCUGGAGAAAAGGGCAGAGUGCAGGGGGCAGCCGGAAUUUCCCCUCCUUCCACACCAAUCCCUGUUUCCCCCUGUCUGUUCCGGCAGGCGUGGGACAGAGCAGCAUCAAGGUCGCCCUCCGCCAGCACUGCCCAGAUAACAAGUGCCGCCCGAUAGGGUUUCACAUCUUCCAGGUCCCCAGUGAUAACAACAAUGUGAAAAUGCCUUCAGCUUCUUUCCUGCACAUGGAGCCGCUGGUGAGCUGCGUUCCUCAUUGCUACUCCCAGGAAGUAAGCCAGCUGUGCCGACUAUCUUCAGGAAAUUACGCCGUCGUUCCCUCGACAUACUUGCCUGAUACGGAAGGCAGCUUCACGGUGAUCGUAGCAACCAAAAUAGACAGAAAAAGCAUUCGGAGCAAGGAGACUUUGGGGCAGAGGCUGCAGGAGGUCUCCUUUAAAGCUGUGAUGAAAAUGUAAUUCGAAACGGGCACUUCCAAGCCAGGAGGAAGCUGUAGGGAGCCUGGGAAAAUGCAACGCUGUUUUCAGCUUGAACUGAAAUGAUUCGAACGUCCGUCAGGCCCAGUGUUUCCUUUGAGCACAGUAGCGUCCGGCCGCUCUUAUCCAACCUCACUGUCAAAACAAACGGACGAAAUUCCCAAAUCAAAUCCUUCCUCUGUUUUUCUAAGAAUGCGCCUGUAGGACCUUCAACCUGUAUGGAGACCUUUUGCAGUAUUUCAUGGACUUUGCUCUGUAGGUUCUUCUUUAUCUCCCCUUAUCACUCAACCUGCCUAUAAAUAUCAUUGUGCUGUA